AUGCCGUUCGACCUCAUCACCGGCGACUUCGUCCCCGAGAAGAGCAACAUCUGGCGCGACUGCGUGGACGGAUACCACGACUGGGUCGCGGAGCACCUGAACGAGGGCGCGCCAAUCAACGAAGCCGACCACUGCGGCGACCCCCCGCUCAUCCUCGCGUGCGGCAACGGCCACCUCACCUGCAUCAAGAUGCUAGUCGAGGAGGGUGCGGACCUUCAACAGCGGAACGUGUACCGCGAGACGCCGCUGAUCCGCGCCGCGCACAACGGACACCUCGCGGCCUGCAAGUACCUCCUCGACGAAGGGGCGGACGUGGACGCGAUUGACCUGGGUGACAACACGGCGAUGCACUGGGCGGCCAUGCGGGGCCACGUGGAGAUCGUGCGCCUCCUGCUCGAGCGCGGCGCCGACCGGGGCGCGGUCAACAAGCAGGGCCGCACGCCGGUCGACCUGUGCCAGCCACAGUACUCUAUGUCCUGGAGGUUCACGCGCGAGGUGCUCGGCGCGAAAGCCUAG